UUUUAAUCAGUUACGGUAUGGAAUCACGAUGACUUUUAACCUUGUGAUACUAGGGCUCUUCGCUCUGGGUAGCUGUUUAGAAUCAACAACGGAGCAUUCACAAAAAAAUCAAACCGAAGAAGAAAUGAAAAAUAUCAUAUUGAAAUAUAUCGAAAACAUCAAAGAUAUAGAUUCAAAAUACGUUAUAAACGAAGGCCUAUCAAAGUCGAUAUCGAAUUAUUUAAAUAGGAAAGUCAACGUAUUACCGUUGUACAGAAUUAGUUUAAAAAUUGAUAGAAAUCCAAUAAAAAUACCAUGGACUAUACCGGCGACGCCAACGGUAGAUGACAGUAGCAGCAAACUGAAGUAUAAAUAUGUAGAGAUUGGAACUACUAAAGAAAAAUAAAAUAUUUACUAUUACCAUGUUUUUUUUUAAUAUUGUUUAACAUUACCUAUAACUAUAAGAAACCGCACUUUUUAGAAGUUUUAAAAAA